UGGUUGGUUUAGCAUGGUGUUUGACAAGUAAAGGAUGAUUGCAUUAGAGCUGGGGAAGUGUUUUUCUCCAGUUUCAAAGGUUUUACGAAGGGUUAAAAGAAACCCAACCCAACCAACCAACAGCUCUGAUUUAUGUAACAGGGAAAAGAGGAAAAUUACUUUCUUCCUCCUCUUUUAUUCUCUGUUUUUUCAAGCUGAGCAGGGUGUGGUUGGACCAGUGUGUGGAAGGCAGAUUUCCGAGGAGGAGAGUGACUGUGAUACAGAGGCACGUUAGUCAUCUGGCGAGUGGUGGGUAGGGCAGAGCACUGCAACUGUUUAGAGGAUGGUUUGAUGAUUCUUAACGCAGAGCUUUUCAUCACUUUCUUGGCAGUAUUCAGGGUGUUAAUCCCAAUGGUCUGGCCAGAUUCCAGCGUGACCAAUUCCAUUCUGUUGACGCAACUUUUCCUGGCGUUUUUGAGCGUAUCAGCAUUGCUCACUUAUCCUGAACUAUUGUGAGAGGCUGUUUUUUUAAAGAGCAGCUGUUUCACUGGUGGCUGAGCUAUCCAGAGUGAUUCCUUGCGAGCCCGGGCCAAAUAACUUUGUGUCUGCUGUGGUUUGAGAUCUUUGAGUGCAAGUGGCUGUUUCACUGCAGGUGACUUUGAGAGCUACGUAAAAAUUAAAUUCCCUGAGCAGCGUUCAGGCAGGAGGCUGAUACAUGAGCCUCGAAGAGGGAGUGUUAGCUGCGUGUACUCUCAACAUGUGCAGUUUUGCUGAGAGGAGAAAAUGCAAAAAAGUUUCUCAGAGUCCCUCAAUCCUGUUGGCAUUUUCCAGGCUCUUCUGAGAUUCCCCCCCUCAGAUCUUCUUAACAAUAUUUUUGCCUUUGUUUGUUGUUCAUCUAUUGUUAAUCAGAAAGACUUCAUAACCAGUAAUGAACUUAGCCUUGUGACAUCCUCCUGAGGGAGAGAAAUACCUCAUUUUGAAACAGACACAAACAGGUCAGGAUUGUUACUGUCUUUGUAGAGAGGAAUGCUGCCCUGGUUAGCAGGGACAGGACUAGCCACAGCAGAAAAUUUAUUGUGCUGGCCUGGGCUUCCAUAGACAAUCAGGACUCAUCCAUCCUGUGUAAACAUCACAAGACUCUUACUCUCCACUGUAUGUCAAAGUGCUGCCAUUAAAUUGCACAAAAUAGGGAGAAACUGGUGAGGAACUCAGCAGCGGGUACUGCUACCACUGGAAGAGAGGGUGUGUUGCCUUGGUUGUCACAGGGGUAAAAAAUAAAGAACAGAAAACACUGUGCUCUGCAAAGAUGAUGUCCCUGGAGUGUGCUGUGGAGCUCGAGGUGACGCAGGCAGGUGGCUUGGCUGCUCUGCAGAGAGGGCAGCAAUGGAGAGGAUAGAGCAGCUUCUCUCUGGGAUAGAUUUUGCCUCCACUCUGCAUUAAAUGAGCUCGCCUCUACCCAACAGUGGCAAAGUCAGGGUUUUAAGUUGUGCCAGUCUGGCCCAGGCUUUGGAAGAGAGACUGGCUGGAGGGCUUUGGCCCAGAGCCUGGUUGAUUGUGCUGUCAGGUGGAAAUGUUACAGGCUCGUAAAGGCAUCUGGGCUUCUAGGGAGGGAAGGAGAAAGGAGUGACAAGCUCAGCUAUACAGUACUAGGAGUUGCACCUAACGGGCACGUCAUCGUUCACCCUGGUCGGUGCCAUCCGUCUCGUGGAUUUCCCACGUGCACCUUGGGAACUGGGAGUUGCAGCUGGGAAAGGACUGUCACGGGAAUAUUGUUUUCUCUUUGGGAAUGAGACUGGUUUAGUGCAAAGCACUAGGAGAACAGGUCUUAUCUGUGAUGCUGCUCUGGAAGAACGCACACCGUUUGAAGCUGAUUUCCUAGAACUGAAGGAACGGGAGAUGGGAGAGAUCUGUAGGUGCCUUGUUCUCCCAUAUGUCGGGACAGAUUUGCUCUCGGAAACCGUGCGUGUCACUUCAGUUUCAAGUGACUGAACAUGGUGAGCAACUCACUGAGGCUGCACCGGAUUUUGCCCGUUGGGAUGGCUGAGAUUUCACUCUGAUGUAAUCCUAUCAGCGGGGAUUUGUGUUGCUCAAAAUUCACCUCACAAGCUGCUCAGCAACUGUGUUUUCUUCUAGUGCCUUUUAAAAUCAGAAGGUCCAGAAGCACCGUAGCAAGGCAAAGCGCUCGAGGCGAGGUGCGCCGGGGUUGUCAGGGGAUCCACCAUCGCUCGUAGCUGGCCUCGGACCAGAAAGCAUUCACACACAAGUCCUGCGGUGAGCACGCUGUUGCCUCCAGCGCCGGCUGGCUCCCCGGGUUCCCAGGACAAUCCUGUUCUCAGGGUGCUCAUCCAGAGCUGCGCAGCCGCCUUUUUGACAAGAAAUGAAUGUUUUACAGUCAGACUUGGAAUGCAUUGUAUUGAAUUUGGGUUUAAGUUUCUCCUGCGAUAUAGAAAUGUAAUUCUCUGGGGCGUUUUGCUGUGCUGCCUGAGUGGAUAUUUGCGGCUGCUGUCGUCUGAAAGCAUCUGAGCACAAUGCGCACAACGCGGGCCUACCUUUGAGAAAAGGGACUGUCACUAGCCCAUCCGUUGCCCAGAUCCUUGCCCUUGGAGGAAGCCAGUCAUGGGGGAAACAGGCAAAGAAGAGUAUAAAAUACAGUCGUUCGACACAGAGACUCAGAAGCUGCUGAAAACAGCCCUCAAAGACCCCAGCAACGUGGACCUGGAGAAAGUGGCCAAUAUUAUAGUGGACCAGUCCCUGAAAGAUUGUGUGUUCAGCAAGGAGGCAGGGCGCAUCUGCUACACCAUCAUUCAGGCAGAGAGCAAACAAGUCGGCCAGAGCAUCUUCCGGAGGAGCCUGCUGAACCGGCUGCAGCAGGAGUUCAAGGACAGGGAGGAGCUGCGCACCCGCUCACUCCAGGCGUGGAUCUGCUAUGUCACGUUCAUCUGCAACAUCUUCGACUACCUGAGGGUGAACAACAUGCCCAUGAUGGCUCUGGUGAACCCCGUCUACGACUGCCUGUUCCGGCUGGCACAGCCCGACAGCCUGCGGAAGGAGGAGGAGGUGGACUGCUUGGUCCUCCAGCUCCAUCGCAUCGGUGAGCAGCUGGAGAAGAUGAACUCCCAGCGGAUGGAUGAGCUCUUCUCCCUCCUCCGAGACGGCUUCCUUCUGCAGGAGGGGCUCAGCUCCCUGUCCCAGCUCCUGCUGCUGGAGAUCAUCGAGUUUCGGGCCGCCGACUGGAAGAUGACAGACGCUGCCCAGAAAUACUAUUACAGCGAAGUGACGGAUUAACCUCUCUGCAGCAGAGGGGGAGAGACGGCCCCAGCACUUUCACCAGCAAGCUUCAUACCAAGUUUGAAUUUCUUUUCACGUUCAUGUUUUUCAAGCACUUCCUGUAAAUAGGAUUUAUAUUGUCUAGAGCCUCUGCGCACUUAACAGUCAGGCUGCAGCCCUGCUAGCCUGACUUGGGAGGUUUGGAGAGGUGGGAAGGGCAGGUGCAUUUAACCCACAAGUUCUCCCACUGAUUUUGUCUAAUAUUGCGCUGCUGCCAGCAAAGGGCAAGGUAUGCUUCUCACUCGAACCAGCAUUUUUUUAUGCGUGUUAAAAAAAGCAUAGUUUAGGCUGAGAACAAUUUGGUUUGCCUGAGAGCCAGCAGGGGAAUCUUUCACAGCUCAGGUGGUACCUGCUUCUCUGGGACAAGUCCCAGAAAACACGGUGGCCUCACAAACAGCUCGACCAAGGGCUGUUUUUCCCAGAGUCCUUCCAGCACACCGGCUGCACCUGCACACACACAGCCUCCCCCACGGGACACUAGCCACAAAUACCUGUCACAGGGCAGCCUGCAGCAGGACAGUUCCCUGAGCAGAUGUAGCUAGGAACAGCUUUUGUAAGUUUUAUACAAUAACUGUCAUGUUUUUUCAGAAUGUAGCAGGUUUCAACUACAGUAUGUUUCUUAUAAGAACGGGAGAGGAAGAAAGGAAACAAAAUAGUCUAUCGAAGAACUUUUUUCUAAUAAAAGCUUUCCACGGA